AUGGCCAGCAAGGAAGGGGCCUUUGCGCCGGUCCUGGCGGCUGUCGCUACCAUGCAAGGGAAUGUUUCACGCUCCGAGAAGACGCAUGCCCACGAGUUUCUUGAAAAGUUCCAGAAAUCGAUCGAAGCCUGGACCAUUACCCACGAAUUGUUACAAUCUCCAGAUGUUCCCGUGGAGGCAAAGCUCUUCGCAGCAACCACAUUGAAAGGAAAGAUCGUAUUCGAUUUGGACCAGUUGCCUCCGGAGUCCGUCGUGGCAUUGCGAGAUUCGGUUUUGAAUUUGUUGGUGGCAUAUGCGGCGGGCCCUCGUCCCAUCCAGACGCAGCUAUGUGUGUGUCUGGCAAGCCUUGCGAUUCAAAUGCUCGAGUGGAAGGACGUCCUCGUGACAGUCGGUUCAGCAUUGGGAUCGAGCGCCGGUGACUGCGUGCUGGAAUUCUUGAAGAUCCUUCCGGAAGAAGUGACGGAAGGUCGCAAAAUCAACCUCUCUGAAGAGGACCUUAUCACGAGAACAAAGGAGUUGCUGGAAGAUAACGCAGAGCAGGUAAUGCAUCUGUUGAUCCAAUACUCCCAGUCAUCCCCAACUGCGUCGACAAAUCCGCGUCUCUUAGACUGUAUAACUUCGUGGAUGCGUGAAAUCCCCGCAGCGAAGAUUGUCGACUCGCCGUUGAUGGACGUGAUCAUGAAGGCGCUGGACGAUGAUGCGUCGUUCGAAGCCGCCGUCGACAGUGUGUGUACGCUGUACCGUGAUACUCGAGAAGUCGAUGACUCGCUUCCUAUUAUUCAAGCCCUAUACCCCCGAAUCAUGGCCCUCCGGCCCAAGAUCAUUGAGACCUCGGAGUCCGAGGAUACGGAUGCGUUCAAAGGUGUUACCCGGUUGUUUGCGGAGGCUGGUGAGGCCUGGGUUGUUCUUAUUGCUCGCUUGCCAAACGAGUUCCGCGGGCUUGUGGACGCUGUUCUGGAGUGCAGUGCCCGAGACUGGGAGCGCGACGCCAUCUCUCUCACCUUCAUUUUCUGGUACGAGUUGAAACAAUACGUCACCCUGGAGCGGUACAAUGAUGCGCGUCUCGCUUUCAGCGAUAUCUUUUCGCGAUUGGUCGACAUCAUGGUCAAGCACUUGGAAUACCCCCGACCCGAGGACGGUGAAUCAGACUUGUUUGGCGGUGAUCGUGAGGCAGAGGAGAAAUUCCGUCACUUCCGGCACGCAAUGGGUGAUGUGCUCAAGGAUUGCUGCGCGGUCAUUGGUGUUACGGAGUGCUUGUCCAAGGCUUACCAGUUGAUUCAACAAUGGGUGUCCAAGUACGCUUCGCAGGCCAGCAACGAGCAUGUCCCGAACUGGCAGGAAUUGGAGGCACCACUGUUCAGUUUGAGAGCGAUGGGUCGGAUGGUCGACCCUGAGGAGGAUACCGUUCUGGCACAGGUGAUUCCGUUGAUUGUGCAAAUCCCGGAUCAAGACAAGGUACGGUUCCAGGCCAUCAUGGCUCUGGCUCGGUACACAGAAUGGACGGCCCAACAUCCAGAGACACUGGAGCCACAGCUGAACUACGUUAUUUCGGGCUUUCAACACAGCUCUCAGGAAGUCGUCCAGGCUUCUGCGCUGGCGUUCAAGUUCCUUGGAACGGACUGCCAAAAGCUGCUGGGUGGACACAUUGCCCAGCUCCAUUCCUUCUACGAAUCAGUGCUCGACAAGUUGAAGCCAAAUAGUCAAGAAGAGAUCACCGAGGGUGUGGCGGCUGUCGUUGCGGUGCAGCCACUCGACAAGAUCUACGAGACCAUGAAGAUGUUCUGUGACCCUAUCAUGGCCCGCAUCAUGAAUCUGGCCAACAAUGCCAAGGAUGAGGAGGGGCAGCGAGCCGUUGCUGAUCAUCUGCAGUUGAUUACCAUCUUCGUUCAGGUUGUGCAGCCGUAUGUUGGUCCGAAUGUGGAGAACCCGGCUGUGAAAUACUGUGGCGAGAUUCUGUCCAUCAUGACGACCAUUGUCAUGAACUUUACGACAUCGACCCCCAUCCUGGAGCGCGUUUGCCGUUGCUGGCGAUACAUGAUCAUCUCGUAUCGGACGGCCAUGAUCCCUCUGUUGCCUACUUUGGCCCAGAGCAUCGCCAAUGGGUUCGAGGCCUCGCGGGAGGGUUGCUUCCUGUGGGCCACCGACGCAGUUGUUCGUGAAUUCUCAGAGGGGGCUGAGCUGGUGGACCAUUCGACGAGUAGUGCCGUGUUCCAGUUUUAUGAGCAGCAGGCCAUUGCAUUCCUGCGGAUCCUGAAUGACUUGCCACCAGAGCAACUACCAGAUGUGAUCGAGGACUUUUUCCGCCUGUCAUCGGACGCGGUGCGGUACUAUCCCAAGGAAUGCAUAUCGUCAUCUCUAGCGGUGCCCAUCUUCUCCGCAGCCUUGAGUGCUCUCACACUACAGCAGGUGGACCCGCUUAUUGCCACAUUACAUUAUUACCGUGACCUCUUUAGCUUUGCAUUCGAUAAGCCGAUCGUCUCGGAAUUCACUAGCCCCGAAGGCGAGGCCUACGUUAACCCGCCAGAGGUGCAAGCGGCCGUGAAGCAACUGAUCGCCUCGCAAGGCCAACUGCUGGCGCAGCGGGUUCUGACGGGCAUGAUGUUCAUCUUCCCUGGGGACUGCUUCGCAGAUGCGUCGGGAGUGUUGAUGACCAUGUUUGAACUCAUGCCGCAGGAAGCUGGAGCCUGGUUGCAAUCGACGCUCCAGAUGCUUCCGGCGGGUACAAUGAAGCCGGGCGAGGCGGAGCGGUUGCUGAAGGGGGUUGCAGACAAGGUACAAUCGGGAGAGACACGAAAGAUCCGAGUCCUCCUUCAAGAUUUCACCAACUCGUACCGGCGACGAAAUGUGGCACCUCGCGAAGGGCUGGGGCGACUGGAGGCGACACGAUUCCGGUUUAGUGGCUAG